AUGGCUAAAGAUUUGGGAUAUGACGAUGGGUAUGAUGUGAGUUUUUAUGGUGAAGAGUUUGGAACUGGUAGACUCAUUCAAAUAAUAUCAGAUAGUUCACUUUUAGCUUGUAUGAGUACGGUACCUAAAAGCAAUAGCAGGGUGAUAGUUUUGUACUUGAAAGUAGUGAGCCUGACUUCAAGCCAAGUGGGGAAUGAUAGCAGUGAUCAAGAAUAUUAUUGUUUUGAGAAUGCUGAUAGCAGUGAUCCAGACUUUGAAGACAGUGACUAUGCACAGAGUGAUGAAGAGAUUGACUUAUUGAAGAAGGAUGAUAAGUGGUUUGAAGGUUAUGUGGAUCAUAGUAUUUUUGACAAUGAUCUUAAUGCAGAGGAAAAUGAUGAGUCAGACAAUGGAGAAGAGUCACCUACACUUACCUGCACAAAUAGUUGUUCAAGUGAAGAUGAUGUAGUGGGUGAACUAAGAAGGAAGGAGAAUAGGAUGUCAAAAGGUGAAGAUUUCAUACCUGAAAUUGAUAUGGCAAACCCAGGUUUCAAAAUAGGUUUAAGGUUUGCAACUGCCGAGUUGUUUAGAAAAGCUGUGAGGAUAUACUCCAUUAAUUGUGAAAAGGAGUUGAUAUUUAUGAAUAAUGACCGUAACAAAAUAAGAGUAUUAAGGCUCAUUCCAAAUUGGACUGCUUCUUCUUUUGUAAAGCAAGUGCACCAAGACUAUGGUUACAGACCAUCUAGAGCAACUGUGUACAGAGCAAGAGCCAUGACAGUUGACAUUGUAGAGGGGUCUUACACCUGCCUGAAGGGAUUUUUAGAUGGUUGUAGGCCUGUGGUUUGCUUGGAUGAGUGUCAUGUCAAAGGGCCUCACCCUGGGCAAGUGCUUUCUGCAAUGGGAGUUGAUGCAAACAACGGAAUGUUUCCACUUGCCUAUGUAGGUAUUGCCUUGAAACAUCAAAUGGAAGCAAUUGCUAGGUCCACAACAGUGCCAUGGUUUCAUGUAGAGAUGAGAAAGAUGUUGCAGUUGUCUAAGCAUGCACAUGAUUGGCUUGUAGAGAAAGAUCUUAGGCAUUGGAGUAGGGCAUAUUUCAAGAGUGAUUCCAAGUGUGACAUGCUUAUGAACAAUCUAUGUGAGGCAUUCAACCGUAGCAUAAUGGAUGCCAGAGACAAGCCUAUUUUGACUAUGCUAGAAAGAAUUUGGUUGUAUAUAAUGUUGUUGAUGGCGGGAAGAAGGGUUUUGUGUGAGAAAUGA